GACCUUGCGCUUCCUAGGCAAGCGCUCUACCACUGAACCAAAUCCCCAACCCCUGUCAUACCAGUUCUUGAUAUCCUGUUUAAGGUAUUUUUUCUGAGGUACCCCUGAAGCUGGGAGCUGUGGGGUGAGGAAUACCCCCCUUUCCUGUCUGUCUUGCCUUUAGCCCUGGAGUGUGCUCAUUUCUUCAUCUUCAGAUAGGACAAAGAUCUCUGUUUCACAGAGGAGUCUUUAGAGUCCACACUGACACAGGAGGCUUGCUGGACCCCAGGUCCUCCCAACCAAUCCAGUGUGUGUGUGUGUGUGUGUGUGUGUGUGUGUGUGUGUGUGUGUGUGUGUGUGUGUUACCAUUCUCACUUAGCAGUGAAGAUCCCGAAGGUGAGAGGGGUCCACUUCCCAAAAGUCACACAGUUUGUACCUCACGGAGCCAAAUCUCCAGCUUGCUUCUAAAUGAGGUCAAAGUCCGCACACACUUCAAACCACCAGAGUUCCUCCUACCUUUGCCCAGACUGCUUUCAAGGUGUAAAACACUUAACAAAAUUAGAUAGCAUCUGUGCUGAGGGCUCCCUCUUGACCAGUGCUGUCUGGAGCAGACCCCUUCCAAGUCCUCAGAGACUGAGCAAUGUGUUUCUACUUGAAAAAAAAAAAUAAUAAUGGGCACCAAGGCCGAGUGAAUGGCCUGCAUCGGGUUGAGGGACUCUUCCUGCUGAAAGUCAUUUUUGCCUCAUAGACGUUCUCUUGCUUGCGAGCCAGAGGCCGGGGCUCUGCUGUUAACUCUUUGUGCAUGUCUUUACCUGCUAACCCCUUAAGUUUCACACAUGAAAAGCAGGUAGCUAUGAGAUCCUGGGAGAGAGCCGUGACUGUUGAGUGAAAGUCAGUGGGAAAAUCAAGGAUAACUGGCCAUAUGUGUCACAGUGGAUGGGAAAGAGAACUCUGAGGGGCUUUGGGAAGGCCCAGACUAGCUUAGACUUCCAGGCCAGUCUAUAAACACUUCCUGGAGAGAAGACACCACCAUCUGGAAACUGCACCUGGGUCAGACAUGGCAGCCCUAUUCCUACGGAGGGAUUCUCCCUGUGGAAACUGGCUGUCCCCCUCAUCCUAAAGCCUGUCAAACCCUAGCAGGCCCAGUGUGCAGGAGCUGGACAGGCUGCAGAUGAAAUCACAACUGGAAGGGGCUGGGCUGGGGCUGCCACUCCAGGGUGGGGCCCAGGGUCACAACCCUGGGAACAGGCAGCCAAGAAGGGAGGAUGCCUUCUGUGAGGGAGCAGAGGGGAAACACACAUACAGCAGCACAGAGAGGGAGGGACGGAGGGACGGAUGCAAACUCCAGCUGAAGCCAGCCACGUUGCAGGCAGCUUGAAGACAGAGGCUCGGCUCUGCUCGGAGACCUUUCCUGGCAUCUCCUCAGAGGCCUAUCACAGGUGGUGCUCAGACAUGGACUGGAGCAGGAGGCAGGGCCUGGGGCACCGAGGGGCCCAGAGCACUGGGGGAGCGUGGACUAAGUCAGGCUCCAGUAUAUAAAUCAGGCAAAUUCCCCAUUUGAGCAUGAACUUCUGAAAACGGCCUGCAUCUAAGGUCUCCUCCAAGGCCCUCUGGAGUCCAGCCCAUAAUGAAGGUCUUGGCCACAGGGAUUGUGCCCCUACUGCUCAUUCUGCACUGGAAACACGGGGCAGGGAGCCCCCUUCCCAUCACCCCUGUAAAUGCCACCUGCGCCAUACGCCACCCGUGUCACGGCAACCUCAUGAACCAGAUCAAGAGUCAACUGGCUCAACUCAACGGCAGUGCCAAUGCCCUCUUUAUUUCCUAUUACACAGCUCAAGGGGAACCAUUUCCCAACAACGUGGAUAAGCUAUGUGCGCCCAACAUGACGGAUUUCCCACCUUUCCAUGCCAAUGGGACAGAGAAGACCAAGUUGGUCGAGCUGUAUCGGAUGGUCGCGUACCUGGGAGCCUCCCUGACCAACAUCACCUGGGAUCAGAAAAACCUCAACCCCACUGCCGUGAGCCUCCAGAUCAAACUCAAUGCGACUACAGACGUCAUGAGGGGGCUCCUUAGCAACGUGCUUUGCCGUCUGUGCAACAAGUACCAUGUGGGCCAUGUGGAUGUGCCCUGUGUCCCCGACAACUCUAGCAAAGAAGCCUUCCAAAGGAAGAAGUUGGGCUGCCAGCUCCUGGGGACAUACAAGCAAGUCAUUAGUGCGGUGGUCCAGGCCUUCUAGACAGGAGGUCUUGAGUAUACUGUGGACUGAGGGGUCUCAGGGGCAGGAUCCAGUUGUGGGGAGGGGGGCUCAAUGUGCUGGGGGUUUACAAUGCAAAGGGGACUGCUGGCAGACCCCAGGGAUUUCCAGCUACUCACUGCACUCUGGGCUGGGCCGUGAUGGAGUCUGGCGAAGUUGAAACUUCAUUAGGCAGAGCCUCCAUCCAGCCCAGCACCAGCUAGCGAUGGCAAUGAGGGUGUCGGACUGAGAGAUUUCCGUCCCACUCACUCACUCAGCCCCUUGUUCACUGGCUGGGUGAACAAGCUGCACAAGGUGUCUACAGCAGACAGCAAAGGGCUGGGAGGUCCUUUGCUGUCCCUCAGAAAGACUUUGGAAGGUUUGGUUGAGAUGUGGUAGGGCCAAGGGGACUGGGAUCCAGAAGGACUCCUUUAAUUUUGAAGUUUUGUGAAUGGAAGAUAGAGGGUACCCUGGGAUGGAAUGUGUCCUCUCUUGAGUUGGAUGAGAGAGUUCAGGCUUUAGGGGUUGUCAGAUGGAAGAUUCUAGAAGGCCACUAGUGUUCAGGCUCUUACGGAAGCAUAGAGGCCCUCUUGGGGUCACCAAAGCCUGAUAGACCCAAUUAUCUUCUUUGCCGUUUCCCCCACAGCCUGGCAUGACUGGGGUCUGCCAGCUGGACCUAGAGGUGGCGUGGGUGGAGGUGGGAAGAGGCAGGUUGCAAAGGCAGGUCCCCAGAGUCCUCCCAGGGAAGGAUCUCUUAACUGUCUAGGAGCCAGAGAGGGAGCAAGGCGGCCAUUGUUGGGGCAGUAGCAGACUGCAGAUUUCAUCUGCUUCUCAACCCCUGAGAACAGGUGAUCUCGAGCAGACAGACAGGUAGCAUAAAGUGGAAUGUCAUGUCUGAGACCCUGGAGGUCACAAAGGUACUUGAAGGGGACCAGAGGGCUGUCUAGGGUCCCUGGAGCAUGGAGAAGCAGAACUUGAGGUCAGGGUCUCAGGGAAGAUGAGACCCAGAGCGCUGUGUCUGACCCAGCGCGGUUUUCUAUUUAUUACUAUGUCCUAUUUAUGUUAACUUAUUGGUGCUUUAAAUGGCAAAGUUAAUUCCCCGAAAUAGUAAGAGGCUCCACACUCCGGAGCUGGGGCCACGUCUCACCACCUAGUGGGGCCUGGUCUGGAAGCAGAUGAUUGUUACAGGUACAGCUCAUGGGUCAAAUCAGAGAGCUGGCUAGCUCCCCUAUCUCCCACUGUGACUCACUUUUAGGAGUCAGGGUCCCCCAGAAAGAGCUGAGCCACUUUGUCUCUGUCUCUCUUUCUCCUCUCUCUCUCUCUCUCUCUCUCUCUCUCUCUCUCUCUCUCUCUCUCUCUCUCUCUCUCUCUCUCUCUCCCCCCCCCCUCCCUCUGGUCUCCAAGGGGGCGGAGCAGUUUCUUGUUGUUUUGUCCCACUGAGCUCUCUGGCACCCCCUGGAUUCCUGCUCUGCGGCGCGCCAUUCAUAAUGGAGUGAAUGGCUCUGGAACCUUGGGCAAAGCUGAUUCCUUCUUCCUCAAAUUGCAGCUGAGGAGUGCUGAGACAUCCUGACCCGGCACCCAGCGUGCUUCCAUCCAGCAUGGGAGCUCCUCGGGUGGCCUGAACACCCACAGAGGGUGAAUACAGGCGGUUGGAGCAGUGCAGGCCCUGAAUGGGGCUGAACGGCUGCCCAGUGCUCCAGAGAAGGGGAGAUCAAGGCCCGAGACGCCUGGGCCGCGGACCAGGAAGCUGUGGUCCUUGCUUCAUCGCUGCCUUCCCACUCCCGCCCAUGUCUGGGCUCCCAGGCAGGGAAUCCGAUCUGAUCUCUCCUUUGUGCUGGGGCCAGGCAAGCAGAGGAACGCCCUCGAUCUGGGAGCAGGGUAGGGAGGAAGGCAGCCAAGCUGGGGCAGUGGCUGUCUACAGAGCCUCUGAAUAGGGCGGUCCUUAGCAGUUAGGCUGCGGGAUUCUGCUUCAUGCAAUUUUGCACCUUUUUCUGUCAUUCUCUAAGCACUUUACCUGGACGGCAGGUGGACAGGCCCUGGAGCUCUGGGUUAGGAAAGGCUCGGAACCCUAGACUAUGGUGAGGGGCACACGUGUCAGCGACAAAGUUGCUCCACCAUUCUCCACCUGAUGCUGCUGCAUCAGGCUCAGCUCAGGACCGGGCUGCCCUUCUCCAAGCUGAGAUGUAACUUGUCUAGAAGCCAAAAUGAUGCCACAGCCUGGGGCCUGCUGGGUUUUGUCGUCACUUCACAUCCAUAUGAACAUGGACUCUCUGGGCUCCGCCCACCUGGCAGCUUUGAAGGCUCAGGGACCGAUGGACUCUCUCUGUGCACAGCCCCCCCCCCCAGCCCCUCCCACCCUGGCUACCCGGGGCAACCACCUGCCUGCAUCUUACUCCAACAGUUCAGAGCCACGUUGCACAGCAUUCCAGAACCAUUGAGCCUUUUGGGGCAGGCAGUUGUUCACCUUGACGUCUUUCACCUGUUAGCAUUGACUCCCACCAAGCAUGAUGGGUAGCGUGUCUGGACCAGAGAAGAAGGGCUGGGGCAUUCUGCAGUUUAAACAGAGAGAAGAAUAGGGGCCUUUAUUUAUUAUUCAAAACUCCGAACCUGGAAGCACUGUUAGUUUGCUGGUCUGUCUCCUCUGUGCUCUUGUCUGUGUCUGUGUCCUCGAUCCUGACUCAAGCAAUCCCGCUCUGUUUUGCUGACUCCUGAGCAGACAUAGCUUGUGGGCCAGGACCUUGCCAGCCUUGAGUGGCAGUGGCUUCAGAAGUGAAAUGAUCUGGCUGUCUGCAUUCGAAUGACUCCCCAGUCCCAGCCUAGCCUCUCUUUUGCACUGCUGGUUCAGCCCACUGGGCCUCCGUCCUUUCCUCUGGAAGGGACUUGGCCUUGGGUGACAAAUUCCUCUUUGAUGAAUGUACCCUGUGGGAAUGUUUCAUACUGACAGAUUAUUUUUAUUUAUUCAAUGUCGUAUUUAAGAUAUUUAUUUUUUAUACUGAAGGAGCACCCUUUUUUUAAGAGAAAUAAAUGAAAUAAUAAAGAACCCAUUCUUGUCGA